CUGAACAACUGUAAAAACCUUUGUCUUGCAGUGCAGGUCUGUGUGUUAAGAGGGUGGGCCAAUGCAUGUGUGAGUUAUGUGGGUGAGAGAGUUUGUGCGUGUUGCAGCAGUGCACACAGCUCAGGAGGUUAUUUUGAAAGUGACCCCCUCACUGCCGCGGACCGCUCACAGCUGUCGGGAACCAUGACACAAGAUGACGGAUACGGUUGUCGUAGAGGGACAAGUCAGACUUCGAGAGGGGAAAAAGUGGAAAAACAGAUGGGUGAUUCUGCGGAAACCUUCGCCGGUUGCAGACUGCCUGACCUUGCUGGUGUAUAAGGAGCGGGGAGAGAAGAGUAAAGGACAGCGGGAGAGGAAUCAGGCCACGCUGAGGGAUAUCUGUGGACUGGAGGCUCUUCAGGGGUUUGAUGGAGUGAAUUACGUGCUCAGUCUGCUCUGCCUGAGCCAGUCUGUCAUGCUGGGCUUCGACAACAAAGUGUCUCUUCUGGCCUGGGAUGCUCGUAUCCGCUACAGCCUUGGAGAGGUCCACAGGUUCAGUGUCAACGUUCAGCCUGGCACCAAACUAGAAAGUGGGCCUGCCUCGCUGCAUUUGUGCAACAACUUGCUUGUCAUCGCCAGAGACCUCCCUCCAACUGUCAUCGGCCAAUGGAAACUGUCAGACUUAAGACGAUAUGGUGCUGUUCCUAAUGGAUUUGUCUUUGAGGGAGGGACACGAUGUGGCUACUGGGCUGGUGUUUUCUUCCUUGCAUGUGCAGAAGGAGAACAGAUCAGUUUUUUGUUCGAUUGCAUCGUUCGUGGCAUAUCGCCAAGCAGGGGGCCGUUUGGACUGCGUCCAGUCCUGCCAGACCCCAGUGCUAACCCAUCAUCUAUAGAAGACAGGAUUAGCCAGGAGGCCAGUGAGCUGGAGAAACGACUCAGUAUGCUGUCCAUUUGUAGUCACCACAGCAGUGCAGCCUCCACCUUCAGUUAUGGUGCCUCCUUGGCAGGAGAUGAUCGGAGCAUCUCCAGCUCCUCCUCUGAGACCAGCCAUUCUGAUAACAGCCUGGGCAGCCGCCUGACGAUAUGGCCUGAGCCAGUCAGACACCCCACCCCUGUCGAACCAUCAUCAUCGUCUUCCCUGUUAGCAGUUGCGGGAUCUAAGAGUACAGCCUGUUCUGUCAGCACGUCCAGUGACGAGCGUCUAUAUGGAGCAAUGAUGGGAGGGCUCCGCCCCCCAUCCAAGCCUCCUCACCCCAGAGGCCUUCAAGAGGCGGGACGCCAGAGCUCAACAGACAGCGGUAUUGCCACCGGAAGCCACUCUUCAUAUUCUGGAAGCUUCUCCUCCUACACUGGUAGUAUGGAUACUGGGCAUGGAGAGACUGAUGAGUUUGGAUCCCUAACAAGCCUCCCUCAAAACCCCAAUUCAAACUCUUACUCCCUUAUCAACACGCCAGUACGAACAAUUCCACUAAUUCCUGAGCACAAACCGUGUGUGUGUCCACUCAGAGAGGCUGCUCAAAUGUACCAGGUACCCACUCUACCUCUGCAGCAUUACGACAUCCCUCGCAGGCUCCUACAACAUCAGGAGCAGUCUUUGGCUGCUGCAAGCCAGGGACAGAGGCCUGAAUGUGGAGCUCUGGGACCAGAGGGCGUCCCUGCAGAUGCCACCCCCAAACAAACUGUCCAACAGAGAUUCAACUGGGGUGGUGACGGAGCAGCUUCCCUUGAAGGUUCCACUACACUGCAAUUACAACCCGCCAUCUGUCCUGACUGUGGGGGAGGAAAGGUGGAGGAGAGGAGCAGGUGUGAGAUGAGAAGCAGUUCUGAGGAGCAAAAGUCUGAUGCUGAUCCAAAAGGCAAUUAUGAGCAGAUGGCAUUUAUGACAGAUGCAUCCAGGUGGCCACAGUUCAGAGCUGGAGAAUAUGGAGAGGCAGGACUGACAGUUACUGACAAACUUCAAGGUGAUUCUGUUAACUAUGUCAAUAUCCCCAUCAGUCCUAUAUCUAAACGCCAGCUGCACUAUAUGGAGUUAGAUCUGCAGGACCGUCCAGAGUCAAGCCACACUGUCAGAGCCGGCUCCAGCACUAAAUACGCCCACAUUGACAUCACUGCAACUGAGACAGCACAGAGGGUCGGAGCCCAGCAUGCACAGGGCCGAGAGGAGAGACUACAGGAACUAGAACAGAAGAGGAGAGGAACACUCACCUGAAAAUAUAAUUAAGUGGAGUCAAAACGUCUGAGACCACAUUGUUAAAUAUAGAUUUUUUUUCCCUUUUAAACCAGGUUUGUGCAUUUUAAAAAUGUUAGAUGAAAAUGUUUAUAAUGUUUAUAUAUUUAAAAUAACAUUUUAAGAUAGUGUCAUAUUUUGUCACUUUUGUGAAUUCUGAGCACAUUUUUUGAAAACAACUUUUAAUUAUUUUCUUGCAUCCACUGAAGCACAAAACAUACGGAGCCUACAUGGCAUGCAGGAAAAAAAUAGUAGGCUAAAUCAUGUGCACGAUUUACUAUUUCGUUCCCUCGAUUUAUAAAUUGUGUGCACGAUUUACAAAUUUUUUCCCUCGAUUUAUAAAUUGUGCGCA